CCAACGUACACAGCUUAACAACCGGAAGUUGCGUGUGACUGGCAGUGCGGCGAGUCCUGGACCGUGGAGAGAAGCGAUUUUAUUGAAUUUUAACUUAUUUACUAACAACAAAACAGUUUUAAAAAGGUCGUCGGUUAACGUGUUGCAGUCUCGGUAAAUAUUUUCUGUCGACAUGAAUCUCGGAGACGGCCUGCUGUUUGAACUUGAAAAUGGAAAACCCAAGUUGAUUUUACUCACUCAUGCGAUUGACAAGAAUCCAGCAAAGCAGCUGUCCUACAGGCCCAGAGCGGCUAACAUCCUGAGCUCCCGGCAGCCGUCCUGUGUGGAGGAGGUGCAGGGAGAGGAGCGUCCAGCCCGGCAGCUGGCAGAGAGGCACAGAGAAAGCAAGAGCAAGGCAGAAGGAGCAGCUGUCUCUUUCACUUCCAACGCCACCACCACCUCUGGGGGAAGGAGCACCACUUUGACGUCACUGAAGACACAUGAGCAUCACAAAGGGGGUAGCGGCUGUGCAAAUGGGGCCAAGGUGAAGUCAGACAGACACAAACACAACACUAGUGUUGGCUCCCUGAGAGCCAAUGGGAAAACUGGACAGCCUCAGAAUAGUGGGACCCGAGCUGGCAGAAAGGUGGGACCAGAGGACACGCUGGCCAUUGGGGACCCAGGACUGAAGGAGGUGUGUCUGACCAGUAAGCAGCUACAGAAGAUCCUCAACACUGUGCAGACCUCCAGCAAUGGCCAACACCUACCAGAGGACCACAGGACCCAGGGAAAUACAUCAAAAUCUGACUCUUCAAUGAAUGAAGGAGGAGGAGAAAAGAGAAAGGAGGAAGACAGAGGAGGAGGGGAGGAAAUUAAGAAGGGAGAAGGAGGAAAAACUGGAACUUAUCUGGAUAAAGACAACAGGUCGUCUGGAUGUCUGUUCAGCUGGCUUGAGGAGCGACAGUCAGAUAGCAGAGCGGCGAUCGAUGCCAAGAAGACUCAGUGGAGGAGAGAACUAGAUGAACAAGUGGCACUGAAGCAGCAGCAGCAUUCGGCUCCUGGCAGACUCCAGGCUGAGGAGGACACAGAAAGUGUGUUAUCAGUUCAGAGCUCCGUCAGCCACAGAGAACAGCCUGCAGCCAUCAGAUCCAGCCUCAGAUUUGGGGAGGUCACUCCGAUGGAGGAGGUGCUGAGUGUCGAGAGGAAAGAGGAGCAGAGGAGACGCUGGCUGGAGGAGCUGGACCGACAGAGAGAGGAGGCGACUGAACGCAGGAGACGAGAGAAGCUGCUGCAGAGCCAGACUGAGGACCACGAGCUCUGGGCCAUACACUUUGACUCACUGCAGAGAAGGCCUCCUGUCCAGACUGUCACACCAUCAGCUCCACCUCCAGCCCCGUCUAAUGGCUCUGAGCGAGGGGAGUGGGAGCCAUCGUCCAGCUUGUCCCUGGUCUGGGAGGCCAUGAGCAGCUGUGGAGCAGAGAGUGUUGGGGGAACCAGCGUGGACACAACGAGCGGAUACCCGGCCAGAGCCAGCUAUCUGAGGACCAUGACCGCCCUGCUGGAUCCCGCCCAGAUAGAAGAGAGAGAGAGGAGGAGGCUCAAACAGCUGGAGCAGCAGCGAGCGAUCGAGGCCCAGGUGGAGGAGCGUCGGCGUCAGAGGGAUCGAGAGGAGGCGAGUAGGAGAGAGGAGGAGGAGGAGGAAGAGAGGAGGGUGGCGCUGGAGAGAGAGAUGCUGGAGAGACGAUACAAGCUGGACACUCAGAGGGAGAAGCAGAAGCCGAGCCAUCCGGAAGAGCAGCCAAAGAAAGUCGACGACGAAAGACAUCCGAAGACAUUGGAGCCGAGUGCAGUUUCCAGACAUGGCGAGUGUUCAGAAGAGGAGGUGGUCAGCAGUUCAGCCUCCCUGUACAAAGACACUGCUGUACAAACAGAAGAAGCUCCCUCCCUCCAGCUCAAGGCCGACCGAGUUCAGACUCCUCACGUCUCUGCACAGUACCAGCCUCCUCCUUGUCUGUCUGCUGUUCCUCCAAACAGCAGGAACAGAGCGGGGAGAACGGGCAAGGAGAACAUCUGUGUGCCAGGAGGAGGAGGAGACCCGUAUGAGGCGUUUGCCAGGAGAGAGAGGAGCAAGAGAGACAAGAGGAGGCCUGAGUGGAACACACAGAGGCCCAGCCGUCGGUACGUUCCAGCCUCGGAGCGUUACCCGGCCCCCCUGCAGAGGGACAGACAGGAGAGUCGACUGAAGAGGCAGGCCGAGCUCCUCGCUCUGCAGGAGAGGACCGGUCUGUCCAGGACUGACCCCCCUCCUCCUCCACCUCAGCACCAGGAGCCUCCUCAACUCUCCAAUCCCACACAGACCAGAACCAGUCCCACCAGGAAGGUGGAGAGUAUUUUCAGAGGACACAGCAGCUCUGCAGCCGUCAACACUGAAAGGGGGCGCUCUCCUCCCGUCCCUGCUGUCAGACACAGAGUUCAGGGUCAACAGGCUCCGCCCCCAACCUCCCCUCCUCCCCCAGUCCUGGAGUUCAUUCCUUACGUCAGGACUGAUGAAGUCUUCAACCUGGAUCCACUGGAGCCCGCUGAUACCCCCCCACCUCACACGCACACAGAAGCUCCUCCUCAGAGCUCAGCCUCUCCUCCUUCACAUCGAGAUCCCCUCCUCCACCCCGAGCUGCUUCGUAACACACACCGACAGCAGGAGAUCCUGAGGGGCCUGGCCCAGCUACGGCAGGGUUUAUUACAGAAGCAGAGGGAGCUGGAGACGGAUCUGAAUCCUCUACUGAAGCGCCACGACAACUAACGCCGUUGAGUCCAAACAGUGAAUUCACGCUGUCUGAAGCAAAUCUGCAUCUAAAUGCAACUACUGACGUGUUCCAUUUUAACUGUAUGCAAUUAUUACCGAUCCUAAGCACCCGUUUCGCCUCAAUGCACCAAUCACAGCUAGGCGAGAAAUUGGACAUCUUUUUAACUCUAACCCCGAAUGUCUGGCUGGUGUGGACGCGUCAUGUUGUUGUUCAUUCGUGGCUGCUGGAGACGAGUUGUCACCUUUUAUCUACUACUGUUUGAAUGUAUAUAAAUGUGAAUAUUUAAUCUGCAAGGGUCAGCCUUGCGCUCAGCAGCGGAGUUCAUAAAGACGCUACUGUUCAUUAAAGAGGAACACAAAAUCUGUUUACAAGUUGUGGGGAGUACAACUGCUACAAUAUGUGAAAAAGGUUGUAUAAAGCCUUUUACAUGUCCGGAGGAUGCAGCAUGAAGUCUCAUAAAAGUUCCUCAAGCGAUGUCACUUGAGUCAGCAUCGGUUGGAGAUGAAAUAAAUCUGGGCGUGUGGCAUUAGAAAGAAGUGACCUGUAGCCCGCCGCUCAUCUCUGCAUGAGGCAAGUGUCCCGAGGCUACAUUAGUUGUUACUAGGAUAACACACCUGAAUCUCCGUCAGCAGAAUGUUGCAUUGUGGGUAAUAUAGGCUUUGACAAGGAAUAAUGUGUUUGUUUUUUUACUGAUGUUACAGUGUGACGCUAAAUCGGUGGAGUGCUCUUUUAAAACGCAAAACGACCGAGCUGUGUUGAAUAAAUAAUCAUGACACCAGACCAGAGAAGCAUUUUGAAUUCAACAUACUGAUAGAAAAAUGGUGGUUAAAGGUAAAAUUAAGUUUGUGUGAACUUUAUUUUUUGUAAAAAUGACAGCUUUGCAGGAGACGGAGACAAUCAGUCUCUUGCAAAGUCGUCAUUUUUGACAUUGGGGGAUAAGUUUACUAUAGCCAUCAAUUGAGAUGGGAGCUAAACAGUACAGACAUCAUCAGCAUUAACAGGAACCAACUUUUGCUUUGCCUUCAAUCUGAAGACUUAAUUUUUUAAAAUCUAGAAACAUGUCACAUCUGAAUUUCUAGGAAAACCUGCAAGUUGCAGGUUCAACAUGAGCACUUGACUUAACUUUCACUGUUUCAUUACAAACACAUCAGUGUUUUCUUUUUAAAUCUGCUCUACUUCACAUCAACCGCUUCAUACAAUGAAAAGUCCUUUAAAAAACGCCGCUCAUAGUUUCUCUUUCCUGCACCGGGUACCAAGUAAGACAAACAUGUUUUCUCGUACCAGCUGAUUUUUAUAUGGGUGAGCAACAUUUUAUGUGAAGAUUGUGUUUUAUAAUUCUGUUUUUAAUGCACUUUCCAUAAAAAUGACACUGUACAAACAGGUGUUGAGUUUUACCAGCUUAUUUUUGGUCUUCUUGGAGGCACAACAGUCCUUUUAUUUAUUUUUUUUCUGCAUCCUUCCUGCAGAGGAGCAGUCUGCUUAUCAAAUCAUGAACAUUUUUUUUUUUGUCUUCAGCUUCCUGCUGGACGAGGAGCUCUGUGUUUCCGUUUGUGAUUCUGUGUUGUGAAUUUUUCAGGUUUUAUUGUAAUGUAUUUUUUUAUUGCAAAUGUAAUAAAUAAUGUAAAGUGUA